UCGUUCAGUUUUUGAGGAUGACGACGAUGUCAAUGAAAUGUGGUAUCAAUGUUGACUUUCGAAGAACAACAAAGUUUGACUCUGUAACACAUUUUGCCUAUGGAUUUCUCAAGUUGUCUUCUUGCCGGCCGGAAAUAAGCCGGACCUGCAUUUUUCCGACAAAGACCCCAGAAGCUUUCCUCCAUGGGGUAGGAGCUGGUCGUUCGGCGGAGCUGGAUUUGAGUACAAAAGAGUCGAAAAGCACUUAUAACCUGUCCGAUAUGUUUGACGUGGUUGCGGAAGACCUCCUAACACUGAACAAGAAUCUACUAUCCAUUGUCGGGUCGGAAAAUCCGGUUCUAAUGUCAGCAGCAGAGCAAAUAUUUGGAGCUGGUGGGAAAAGAAUGAGACCUGCUCUAGUUUUUCUAGUGUCGAGAGCCACCGCCGAGAUUUCUGGUUUGAAGGAACUGACUCAAGAACAUAGAAGAUUGGCUGAGAUCAUCGAAAUGAUCCACACCGCAAGUUUGAUACACGACGAUGUAUUAGAUGAAAGCGACACGAGGAGAGGAAAGAAAACCGUCCACCAAUUAUACGGCACGAGAGUCGCGGUUCUGGCCGGGGAUUUCAUGUUUGCACAGUCAUCAUGGUACAUGGCGAAUCUCGAAAAUAUCCAAGUCAUAAAGCUCAUUAGUCAGGUGAUUAAAGAUUUCGCUAGCGGUGAAAUAAGGCAAGCCUCGUCCCUGUUCGACUGCGACGUAAACCUGGACGAGUACUUAACAAAGAGCUACUACAAAACAGCCUCAUUAAUCGCCGCCAGCACAAAAGGAGCCGCCAUAUUCAGCGGGGUCCACAGUGACAUCAUUGAGCAAAUGAAUCAGUACGGUUACAAUUUGGGGCUGUCGUUUCAAAUAGUGGACGAUAUAUUGGAUUUUACGCAAACGCCCCUGCAGCUGGGGAAGCCCACCGGUAGUGACUUGGCUAAAGGGAACUUGACGGCACCGGUGAUAUUUGCACUGGAGGGAGAACCGGAAUUGAGGGGUAUUAUUGAGUCGGAGUUUUGCGAGAGCGGUUCACUCGAGAAGGCGGUUGGUAUUGUCGAGAAAUGCGGAGGGAUUGAAAGGGCGAGGGAGCUUGCGAGGGAGAAAGCGGAUCGAGCGUUCGAGAAUUUGCGGUGCUUGCCGAUUAGUUCGUUUAGAUCGGUGCUUGAGCAAAUGGUGAGCUAUAACUUGGAAAGAAUUGAGUGAGCAAGUGUUUUAGUUACUGUUAUGAAUUUACACUUUCUGAUUAUUGUGGUUAUUUAUUGGAUCAAAUGGCCAAAAGAGGGAAUAAUGGGGGUCAAUUGUAACAAGUAAUAAUAACACUGUAGUUGAUUGUGAUUCUUGCUAUUAAAAAAACUAUAUUUGUC